AUGUCUCUAUGCCCUGCUAAAUCCCCUUGCUCAUCUGGUGCCUGUCUAUGCGUGAGUUUCAAGGCGCGGACUGAUUAUGCGGUAGGGUCCGCACCGAACAACCUCGCAGUGGGCGACUUCAACAACGAUGGGCAUCUAGAUAUUGUGGCUGUGAACGAGUUCAGCAAUUCAGUGAGCGUCUUGAUCAAUACUGGAUCGGGGAGCUUCCUGGCCCAGGCUGUAUACCAUGUAGGGUCCACUCCAGUCGGAGUUGCAGUGGGCGACUUCAACAAUGAUGGCCAUCUCGAUAUUGUGACAACAAGUGAGCUGGAUAAUACGGUGAGCGUCCUGAUCAGUACCGGAGCGGGGAGCUUUCUGCCGCAGGCUAUAUACUCAGUGGGCUCUUUGCCUGCAGAAGCUGCGGUGGGUGACUUCAACAAUGAUGGUUAUCUCGAUAUCGUUGCUUCAAAUGUCAACGAUGGUACAGUGAGCGUCUUACUCGGUACUGGAUCUGGCUUCCAGCCGCAGACCACCUUUGCCGUUGGGUCCGGGCCGUGGAGCGUUGCUGUAGGUUACAUUGAUGGAGAUAAUUAUCUUGAUAUUGUUACUUCAAAUUACGACGCCAAUACCGUUAGCGUCUUGCGUGGAACUGGUACUGGAAGCUUCCAGUCGCAGAAUAUAUACCCUGCAGGACCCGGGCCAAUUGGUGUUGCACUGGAGGACUUUAACGGAGAUGGCCAUCUCGAUAUCGUAUCUGCGAAUCUCGGCACCACUACAGUAAGCGUCUUGCUCGGCACUGGGUCUGGCUUCCAGUCGCAGACUACAUUCAACGUUGGGGGUGGGCCAAGCGAUAUUGGAGUGGGUGACUUUAACAAUGACGGUCAUCAAGACAUCGUGGCUACGAACAGGAACGAUAAUACAGUAAGCGUUUUGCUCGGAACUGGACUGGGGGCCUUCCAAGAGCAGGCCGUAUUCCCCGUUGGGUCUGUGCCGAUCGGUGUUGCAGUGGGCAACUUCAACGGAGAUGGCUAUCUUGAUAUUGCGACUGCGGAUGAUGUCAGCGAUACAGUUAGCGUUUUACUCGGGAACUCUUGCAGCGCUUAG